UUUUGUUGAACAGCCUGACUUUUUAAAGUUAUUCAAUUUACGGUACAUAACGAAUGGAAUAGGAUAAACUAGUGAAUUUGGCUACUUGUUAAAAUUACCAGAGAAGAGGGUAGGUGUAUUUUGGAAACUAUGCAAGGCAAGUGAAAGUACCAGGAUGACAGAAAAAUCAGAAGUUCGCUUCGAAGAAGCCGAGAAAUAUAAGAAUCUUAUUCUGACAUCCAUUGCUUUAAUAUGCGUCUCUUUAUCCUGGCUCGUCCGACAGUAUCCAUUAUUACUAGGCGUUGUUACGAUCUUGUCCGUAUAUUUAUUAACCGGAGAUAGAUACCAAUGGGUGUAUAUUUGGAAGAAAACCUUUUACAGGGAUAUGAUAGGUGUACGAGUUUUACUCAUAACGAUGUUUAAAUUAUGGUUUUGGGAACGAACUGGAACAACGGUCGUCUCAAGAUGGUCCAAGAUUGUGAAAAAGACACCAGACAAGAAGGCAUUUAUUAUGGGCGACAGGUCAUUGACAUUCCGUCAAGGCGAUGAAUUCAGCAAUCGGAUAGCUUGGUAUUUCAAACGCCAAGGUUUUAAAACUGGAGAAGUCAUAGCUCUCUUCAUGGAGACUCAACCGGAAUACGUAUUCCUGUGGCUAGGACUAGCAAAGUUGAGGGUGACUACUGCGCUAGUGAAUAUAAACCUUCGGGGUGCUCAAUUGAUACAUUGCUUGAGGAUAGCUGGUUGUAAGGCUGUGGUAUUCGGAGAUGAAAUGACAGAUGCGAUUAAAGCUAUACAAAGCGAGAUACCAGAUAUUCCGCUAUUCCAAUUCAAUUCACCGGAAAGGGAAACUGCACCAGUAUUACAGGAUACGAUCCCUUUGGCCGCUGAAUUGAAUGAAAUGACAAAUGAACCAUUCAGUGACGUAGAACCGGCUAAACCGAGAGACACUUUAUUGUAUAUUUACACUAGUGGGACCACAGGAUUUCCUAAAGCAGCUAUCAUUACUAACAUCAGAUAUCUUCUCAUACCUCUUGGAGUUCAUACAUCAGCACAACUCAAUUCAUCCGACGUUGUCUACGAUCCUCUCCCACUGCAUCAUUCUGCGGGUGGAGUACUUGGCGCUGGGCAGUGUCUCGUUCUUGGCUGUACGGUGGUGUUGCGGAAGAAGUUCUCAGCCAGCAAUUACUGGACUGAUGUAGCCAAACAUAAGUGCACGGCAGCGCAAUAUAUUGGUGAAAUCUGUCGUUAUUUGCUAACAGUACCUCCCAGUGAUAACGACCGAGCUCAUAAUGUCAGAAUCAUGAUCGGAAAUGGACUGAGACCGCAAAUAUGGCAAGAGUUUGUUGAUCGCUUUAGUGUUAAAAGAGUAUUAGAGUUUUAUGGAGCUACGGAGGGUAACAGCAACUUGGUCAACUUAGACUCUAAAGUGGGUGCAAUUGGAUUCCUUAGUCGUCUUGUAUCUUCAAUAUAUCCACUAACUUUAGUUAAAUGCGAUGAAUUAACGGGCGAGAUUUUGAGAAAUGAAAACGGAAGAUGUAUUAAUUGCGGUCCUUACGAACCUGGUCUACUUUUAGGCAAAAUUGAUCCUAAAAAGGCUAUAUUAACAUUUGCUGGUUAUGCUGAUAAAACUGCGUCGGAAAAGAAAAUGGUGCGUAACGUCAGAGUGAAAGGCGAUUGUUAUUUCAACACAGGAGAUAUAUUAGAAAUGGACUAUUACGGGUAUUUCUACUUUAAGGAUCGCACUGGAGACACUUUUAGAUGGCGCGGUGAAAACGUAUCUACUGCGGAAGUAGAAGGAGUGAUCAGCAACUUGGUCGGAUUAAAAGAUGCUGUUGUUUAUGGUGUUCCCAUUCCUUAUGUAGAAGGAAAAGCGGGUAUGGCAGCAAUUGCAGAUCCAGAAAAGAAGGUUGAUUUAAAAAAUCUUGCAGAAGGGCUCAAGUCAUCUUUACCAGCUUAUGCAAGACCUUUGUUCGUCAGGAUCCUCCCAGAACCUCCACUUACAGCAACAUUUAAACUUAAGAAAAAAGUUUUAAUGGAACAAGGUUUUAAUAUCAAUAUUCAUGAUGAUCCGAUCUACUUUCUGGAUCAGAAAAGUGGUACCUUUGUCCCAUUAACUCAAAAGCUCUACGACGAUCUUAAUGAAGGUGUAAUUAGGCUGUGAUUCCAAAGUAAUAUUUAUUAUUUUUAUUAUUUAAAAAACCACUAAAACUUCAAAACCAACAGAAGGUUUGAUAAUAAUAAAUUUACAAAGAUAGACGUUGAUUGCGUUUAAAAAAAUUAUAAAAAAGUUAAUAGUUUAUCCUUUUUUAAAUAUAAUAAUAUUAUGUAGCCAUAUUUAAACAUUGCAUACGGUUUAUGUAUUUGAUGCAAAGAAAACGAAAAAUAAAAAGGCCAAAUAAUAUUUCUAGAAAAUAUUUUUUUGUAAUAGUAAAUACUUUCUAUUUUUAUUUAUAUAAGGAUAUAUUUUUAUAAAAACUAUGCAAAUAUUUCUUUUGCUGCUUAUUUAUUCUGUGGUUAUAGAUCUGAAUAUUUUCUACGUUCUGUAUUUUUUUAUUCUUUUUUAAUUUAACUAGACGAGGAUCGUAACAGCAAUAUUAAAAUUUUAUCAAAUAUCACAUACCGCAGGUUAUACCAAUGAUGAUGUAGAAAUUUUGUCUUAUCCAUUUGCUACUUAUUGUUAUUUAAUAAAUAUUUCAUUAUUUUCGGUACGGGUCACCAAUUACGGACACAAUGCCUUGCCAAAUAGGCUUUAUAAGAUAAUUAUUACAAUGUAUUACUGCAUUAAUAAAAAAAUAUGUGUAUUUAGAACCAUGAAAGUACCGACUUGAAAAAAAGGAUUUAUAUACUUAUAUUUAAUAGUAAUUAUUUAUCUAUGGAUUUGAAAUGUAAAAGCAAUGAGUGAAUGUGCCAUCUCAAAGGACUUGUAAUAUAUAAUUUUUAAGCCUCAAUUUAUGGUCAGGUAGUUGAGGUUAUUGACCUAGAGCAGGUCAUACAACGGCUACAAAUAACAUAUAAUAUACUAUUAUAAUAUACUUAAAGAACAUUAGGAAAACCUGUUUUUCAAGGAAUUAAUGCUAAUAUCUGACCGCUAAAGUGUUUCUGACAUGUCAGUGAUCGAAUUUUAAUUUUAAGACUAAAAUAUAAUCGUUUAUUUGUUCUGCUAACUAAUAAUAAAGAAAUAUAUGAUUAUGUCAAUUUAUAAUAAAUGUGAUAAUUUUGUGCUAUAUUUAAUUUUAACAUUCUUUCUUUUAAUAUCCAUAUAAAGCUGUUACAAGGUUUUAUAUAUUUACAAGUUACUGUUUUAUAUAUUUUCGUAAUGUAAGACAGUUCUAAAGUAUUUUAGGUCUAUAAUAUUUUGUACACGUGUGACUGGACAACUUUGUAAUUCAGGUAUAUAAUUUAUAUGAGCAGCAAAGAUUUUAUAUGGAAAUUUCACAAUAUAAAUUGCUCGACUCGGUCGUAAAAUGUUAGAAAUCUUCUUACGUGAUACGUUAUUUUGAUGCGUAUGUCUUUUAAUGUUAUAAAUAUUAUAGUCAAUAUCGCAUAUCGCAUUUGAUAAUUAUGAUCUUUCAUGACCGUUUUCUACGCCAAGUUUGUAAUAAGAGAAUAGCUAUUCAGACGUUAUGGUAAUUUUGAUUGUAGAAUACAAUUAUAUCUUUAAGAAAUUAUUUGUACUAUGCUAUUAAUAUAGUAAAAUUAGACAAUAUUUUAUUGUGAUAUUAAAAUCAUGUUAU